CGUUUGUGUUCCACUGUGAGAAUGGUAGGCCUAUGACAACGGGAGAGCCAUCGUAGCGAGCGGGUCGAGCGAUAAAAUCCGUUUCCAUCUUCUUAAUAGGGGGACAAAAUGAAGAUAAAAUCUACAAGAGCAUAAUCUACAGUGUUCAGGCUUCCAGUCGGGGCUAAUAUUGUGGCGGUUUGUUUGUUGGAACGUUAGAAAAGUGAUGGUGAAAACUGAAGUCCGACGAAAGGACCCGAAUUCUUGUCAGGGAUUCGGGAAGGUUGGAGUGGCGUAAAGUUGAAACUAAGAAAACGAGGGCUUUUGAAGGUUUUUUGUUGUCAAACGACAGGUUUUAGUUUGUUGUACUUGGUUUGUGAAUUGUUAAAUAAAAUAGCUGCCCUGCUAGAUAGUAAAUAAUUGUCACCACAGCCAUGGACCUUCGAGUCGGAAACAGAUACAGACUAGGGAGAAAAAUUGGAAGUGGAUCUUUUGGUGACAUUUAUUUGGGCACUGACAUUUCAGUUAGGGAGGAAGUUGCCAUCAAGUUGGAAUGUGUGAAGACAAAGCAUCCUCAGCUUCACAUAGAGAGCAAGAUCUACAAGAUGAUGCAGGGAGGAGUUGGUAUCCCUACCAUAAAGUGGUGUGGUGCAGAGGGAGACUAUAAUGUGAUGGUCAUGGAGCUGUUGGGACCGAGUCUGGAAGAUCUUUUCAACUUCUGCUCCAGAAAAUUCAGCCUUAAGACUGUUCUUCUGCUUGCUGACCAGAUGAUAAGCCGCAUAGAGUAUAUCCACUCGAAGAAUUUUAUCCACAGAGACGUAAAGCCUGAUAACUUCUUGAUGGGACUAGGGAAGAAAGGGAACCUGGUCUACAUUAUUGACUUCGGUCUGGCCAAGAAGUACAGAGAUGCUCGUACCCAUCAGCACAUUCCAUACAGGGAGAACAAGAACCUAACUGGCACCGCUCGCUACGCUUCUAUCAACACCCAUCUGGGCAUAGAGCAAUCUCGACGUGACGACCUGGAGUCUUUGGGAUAUGUGUUGAUGUAUUUUAACCUGGGUUCCCUGCCAUGGCAGGGCCUGAAGGCAGCCACCAAGAGACAGAAAUAUGAGCGCAUCAGUGAAAAGAAAAUGUCCACGCCUAUUGAAGUUCUCUGCAAGGGCUAUCCCUCUGAAUUUGCCACAUACCUCAACUUUUGCCGCUCACUACGUUUUGAUGAUAAGCCUGACUACUCCUACCUCAGGCAGCUUUUCAGGAACCUGUUCCACAGACAGGGCUUCUCAUACGAUUAUGUCUUUGAUUGGAACAUGCUCAAAUUUGGUGCUAACCGUGCAGCAGAGGAGGCAGAGAGAGAGAGGAGAGACCGGGAGGACAGACUGAGGCACAGCAGGAAUCCUGCCGCUAGCGGCAUCCCAUCAGCCUCUGGGAGACCAUGUGGCACACAAGACGGUGCCCCACCUACACCCCUUACUCCAACAUCGCACACAGCAAACACAUCCUCGCCACGUCCCGUGACAGGUAUAGAUCGGGAACGGAAGGUGAGCAUGAGGCUUCAUCGUGGUGCUCCUGUUAACAUUUCUUCAUCAGACCUGACAGGACGGCAAGACACCUCGCGCAUGUCCACCUCACAGAAUAGCAUCCCCUUUGAUCAUCACGGCAAAUAGCUGCUCAUCACAUUGUACUGUGAAGGUGGCAGCACCUGAUUUAGUAUAAAUUUCCCAGAAACCCCCACUCUCAAACAUAGAGUGCAGAAGAUGGAUGGACCCAAGUGGCAGAUUCAAGGCCCUUUUCAUACAGCGACAAAGCGGGGCAGACCAUGUGUCUCUUUAACCGACGAAACCAAAAUGGUUCAGAAUCAACUUGACCUCUUUAAAGGUCUUUAUCUUGCUCUUACUUUAUCUUCUGUCUCUCCUUUUUUCUUUCUUGUGUACAUGCACAUAAACUGAGAAUUUUUAUCAUCAUAUCUUGCCUAAGGAGAUGUUGGGACUGAACUAACAAAAAUUGGAUCAACCAGCUAAACUUCAGUGUCCUUUACACUGGUCUCUCACUUCACACUAGUUCCUUCUCUGUACAUCCACACUGCUGCAUAAUUUGUAGAAAAUCAUUUUAUGGUCAUUUAUGGUUUUUCUGAUUAGGUUUAUGUAUUUAACAGAUUACUUGGUUCCAUUUGGUAUACUGCUUUUAUAUAAUGAAGCUUUCCCUUGUUCUAACAUUCUCUCUACAAGGCUCCAUACCUAGAAGUAAUACCCUGCUUUUAUUUUACCCAUUUAUAUUUUUUUAAUGAUGUUUUGAUCAUUUGUAACUGGUAAGUGGUGCAAGAUGGUUUACAGUUGCAUGCUCAUGUUUGUAUUUUAGUUCAAAGCGCUAAGGGGCCAAAUUUUUUUCAUCAUUGUCAGAAAAUCUUAUUGGAUUUUGGAACCAUAGAUCGUACAUUUAACUGGGUCUGUGGAAUUUUCUUGUUUUGUUAAUUUUUUCUCUCAUUCUUUGUUCUGACAUUUUCUGAGGUGUAUUACUGCCCCUUUCUUUGUACAAGUUCUGUUCUGUUUCUAAGCUGUGAAAAUUGUAAAAUAUCUAUGUAAAUGUUUCAAUUUUUCAACUAAUGGACUACAAACGAGAUGCAAAUUACAUUAAGAGUCCAGAAACAUUACGGGUUUUUCCACUGUUUUCCUACCCACUUUUUAAUUCUACACCAAGCCAAUAAAAUGAAGUGCUGGGUGCGAGAGGUACUACUGGCUAUAAUUCAGCCUAUAAACACUGCUGUUGGCAUCAUGUAAACCAUCAGUUGGCAAAGCAUGUUGAUGCAUGUUUGCUAAACUUCAGGUUAAAAUGAACUGACUCCUCCAAGUUAAGGUUGUAGUCAGCAAGGUGACGCUUUUACAGCAGCUCAGUUGUCAAUGUUGAAUUACAGAGUCCUCUCUGAAGAAUGCUCCAGCACUGAUUUGGCUCUGCAAAGUGACCUAAAACCGAUGUUUUAUGUUUGUUACAGAAUAUUUGAUGUUCUACGUUGCUUUAUUCAUGUCCUACUGAACAGGUGGACUGGAAAAAGCUGUACCUAGAAUACCAUUCUCUUUUCUGUGAUAUCUGAUAGAUGAUCAUGUACUAGUUCUAAUGUACCUAUUCUGUUUAAAGAGGGCAUGUGUGUAAAACCUGAAAAACAGGAUGGAGUUGCUGGUUUCCAGAAGCUCAUUGCCGUUUUGGGUUUCACAUUUGUGGUCUCAUUAUGCCUAUUUAUGAGCCCUAUCACAGUUUGUAUCACUGUAUUUGUGCACCACAUUUUUGUACAUGUGUAAAUAAAUGAGUUACUUGUAUUAUUUUAACUGCACAUA